ACCGGGAAUUGAACUCAGGACCUUCUACUUGUGAAGCAGGCGGCAUAACCACUGAGCUAAAUCCCCAGCCCAGCACUGAUAAUUCUUAACCUGUGCAGUUCGGGUAAAGAAAGUAAGGUGAAUGUAAAAGAAGUCAAGUGACUUAGACAUGGAGGACAGAAGGCCUCAUCUGGAAGCCAGUCCCAGGAAUCCCCAUACUAACCACAGAGGACCUAUGGAUGGAGAAUUACCACCAAGAAUUAGAAAUCAGGCCAAUAAUCCACCAGCUAAUGUUCUCAGAGGAGAAGCCAAUCAUCCUGGAAGGCAUCCUAGAGCCAACAAUUAUCCUGUUCCUCACCAGCAAAGGGAAGAAAGAUUUAGGGCCAUGGGCAGGAACCCACAUCAAGGAAGAAGGAACCAGGAGGGGCAUAGUGGUAAUGAAGCUAGAGGCCAAAGACAUGGUCAGGACAAUGAUGCCCGGUGGAGAAAUGACAACCAAGAGGGUAGGAACCACAGACCACCAUGGUCUAAUGAAAAUUUCCAGCAGUGGAGGACCUCCCACCAAAAGCCUGCAGAACAGCCACAGCAAGUAAAGAAACUGGGCUAUAAGUUCCUAGAAAGUCUUCUGCAGAAAGACCCCUCUGAGGUGGUCAUCACACUAGCCACAAGUUUAGGGCUGAAGGAGCUCCUGUCUCAUUCUUCCAUGAAACCCAACUUCCUUGAGCUCAUCUGCCAGGUUCUUCGGAAGGCUUGCAGCUCCAGAAUGGACCGCCAGAGCAUUCUUCACGUACUCGGUAUAUUGAAGAACUCCAAAUUCCUCAGAGUUUGCCUGCCUGCUUAUGUGGUAAGGAUGAUUACUGAACCAAUCCCUGACAUUCGAAACCGGUAUCCAGAACACAUAAGCAAUAUCAUCUCCCUUCUUCAGGAACUCUUAAGUGUCUUUCCUGCCAGCUCUGUCCAGGAAACUUCCAUGCUCAUUUCUCUCCUGCCAGCUUCUCUUAAUGCCUUGAGAGCCUCUGGUGUUGACAUAGAAGAGGAGAUAGAGAAGAAUCUGGAAAAGGUGCAGACCAUCAUUGAACAUCUACAGGAAAAGAGACGAGAAGGCACUCUGAGAGUGGACACCUACACUCUAGUGCAGCCUGAGGCAGAAGGCCAGGUUGAGAGCUACCGAACCAUGCCCAUUUACCCCACCUACAAUGAAGUACACUUGGAUGAGAGGCCCUUCCUUCGCCCUAACAUCAUUUCUGGAAAAUAUGAUAGCACUGCUGUCUAUCUGGAUACCCAUUUCCGCCUCUUGAGAGAAGAUUUUGUCAGACCCCUGCGGGAAGGCAUUUUGGAACUUCUCCAAAGCUUUGAAGACCAGUGCCUGAGGAAGAGAAAGUUUGAUGACAUCCGAAUCUACUUUGAUACCAGGAUUAUCACUCCCAUGUGUUCAUCAUCAGGCAUUGUCUAUAAGGUGCAAUUUGACACAAAACCUCUGAAGUUUGUGCGCUGGCAGAAUUCUAAGCGAUUGCUGUAUGGGUCCUUGGUAUGCAUGUCCAAGGACAACUUUGAAACAUUUCUUUUUGCCACUGUUUCUAACCGGGAACAAGAAGAUCUCUACCGAGGAAUUGUCCAGCUCUGCUUCAAUGAGCAGAGCCAACAGCUGCUUGCAGAAGUCCAGCCCUCAGAUUCUUUCCUCAUGGUGGAAACAACAGCAUACUUUGAGGCAUACAGGCAUGUCCUGGAAGGACUCCAGGAGGUCCAAGAGGAAGAUGUCCCCUUCCAGAGGAAUAUCGUGGAAUGUGACUCUUAUGUGAAAGAGCCAAGAUACUUGCUAAUGGGGGGCAGAUAUGAUUUCACCCCCUUAAUAGAGAAUCCAUCCACUACUGGGGAAUCUUGGAGGACUCCUGAGGGCUUGAGACGUCCUAAAGUUAAUGUCUUAGACCUUAACCAGUGGCCCUCAAAAGAAGCCCUGAAGCUGGAUGACUCCCAGAUGGAAGCCUUGCAGUUUGCUCUUACAAGGGAAUUAGCUAUCAUUCAAGGACCUCCUGGAACAGGCAAAACCUACGUGGGUCUAAAAAUUGUUCAGGCCCUUCUCACCAAUGAAUCUGUUUGGCAAAUUAGCCCACAGAAGUUCCCCAUCUUGGUUGUGUGUUAUACUAAUCAUGCUUUGGACCAGUUUCUGGAAGGCAUCUACAAGUGUCAGAAGACCAGCAUCGUACGGGUGGGUGGAAGGAGCAACAGUGAAAUCCUGAAGCAGUUCACCCUUAGGGAGCUGAGAAACAAGCGAGAAUUCCGCCGCAACCUUCCCAUGCACCUCCGAAGAGCUUAUAUGAGUAUUGUGACAGAGAUGAAGGAGUCAGAACAAGAGCUCCAUGAAGGUGCUCAGACCCUGGAGUGCACCAUGCGUGGUGUCCUUCGAGAACAGCACCUAGAGAAGUACAUCUCCCCCAGGCAUUGGGAAAGCCUGAUGAGUGGACCUACGCAGGAUAGUGAAUGGGUCUACUUCCAGCCCAGGAAACAUUCCAUGAUGCUCGAGUGGCUAGGUCUAGUUGUUGGUUCUUUCACUCAGCAUGUUGCUUCAGCAGGAACUGAAAAUAUAGCCCAGGCAGAAGGGGAAGAAGAAGAAGAAGGAGAGGAAGAGGGUUCGCUGAUCGAAAUUGCAGAGGAGGCUGACCUGAUUCAGGCAGACAGGGUGAUUGAGGAGGAAGAGGUAGUGAGGCCCCGGCGGCGGAAGAAGGAAGAGAGUGGAGCAGACCAGGAAUUGGCUAAAAUGCUUUUGGCCAUGAGGCUAGACCAGUAUGGCCCUGGGACCACAGCAGGACAGGAACAAGCUACAGGAGAAUGGGAGAUGCAGCGGACCCAGAAGAAGAAAAUGAAGAAGAGAGUGAAAGUCGAACUUCGCAAACUGAACACCAUGACUGAAGCUGAGGCCGGAGAUAUCCAGGAUGUCUGGCAGCUGGACAUGAAUUCUCGAUGGCAGCUUUAUAGGCUGUGGCUGCAGAUGUAUCAGGCUGACACUCGCCGGAAGAUCCUCAGCUAUGAACGCCAAUACCGCACAUCAGCAGAGAGAAUGGCUGAGCUGAGACUCCAGGAAGACCUGCACAUCCUUAAAGAUGCCCAGGUCAUAGGAAUGACUACCACGGGUGCUGCUAAAUACCGCCAGAUCCUGCAGAAGGUAGAGCCUCGGAUUGUCAUCGUAGAAGAGGCUGCCGAAGUCCUUGAGGCUCAUACCAUUGCUACAUUGAGCAAAGCUUGCCAGCAUCUCAUUCUGAUUGGUGACCAUCAGCAGCUGCGUCCCAGUGCAAACGUGUAUGAUCUGGCAAAGAACUUCAACCUUGAGGUGUCCCUUUUUGAACGACUAGUGAAAGUGAAUAUUCCCUUUGUGCGUCUGAAUUACCAGCAUCGUAUGCGUCCUGAAAUUGCUCGCCUUUUGACUCCUCAUAUCUAUCAGGAUCUAGAGAAUCAUCCUUCUGUUCUCAAGUAUGAGAAUAUUAAGGGGGUCUCUUCCAACCUUUUCUUUGUAGAACAUAACUUCCCUGAACAGGAGAUCCAAGAAGGCAGAAGCCAUCAGAACCAACAUGAGGCUCACUUUGUGGUAGAGCUAUGUAAGUACUUCGUGUACCAGGAGUACCUGCCCUCCCAGAUCACCAUCCUUACCACCUACACUGGGCAGCUCUUCUGCCUGCGCAAACUCAUGCCAGCCACGACAUUUGCUGGCGUCAAGGUCCAUGUUGUGGACAAAUACCAAGGGGAAGAGAAUGACAUCAUCCUCCUCUCCCUUGUGCGGAGCAACCAGGAAGGCAAGGUGGGUUUUCUUCAGAUAUCCAACCGUAUAUGUGUGGCCUUGUCCCGAGCCAAGAAGGGGAUGUACUGCAUUGGAAACAUGCAGAUGUUGGCCAAGGUGCCCCUGUGGAGCAAGAUCAUCCAUACCCUUCGAGAAAACAAUCAAAUAGGCCAGAUGCUCCAGCUCUGCUGCCAGAACCACCCUGAUACCUACACCUUAGUAUCCAAAGCUUCAGACUUCCAAAAAGUGCCCGAAGGAGGCUGCAGCCUCCCCUGUGAGUUCCGGCUGGGCUGUGGGCACGUCUGCACCCAUGCCUGCCACCCUUAUGACUCCUCACAUAAAAAGUUCCAGUGCAUGAAGCCAUGCCAGAAGGUCAUUUGUCCAGAUGGACACCGGUGCCCCCUUGUUUGCUUCCAGGAGUGUGAGCCCUGUCAGGUGAAGGUACCCAAAACCAUUCCUCAGUGUGGCCACAAGCAGAUGGUUCCUUGUUCAAUGCCCGAGUCAGAUUUCUGCUGCCAGGAGCCUUGCCCCAAGGUCCUGAGAUGUGGCCACAGAUGCAGCCAUGCAUGUGGUGAGGGCUGUGUGCAGUUGUGUCCAGAAAUGGUCACUGUAAAACUCAAGUGUGGGCACAAUCAACAGGUAAAAUGUGGUAAUGUGGAAGACCUCAAGUAUAAUAUGCCAGUUGAAUGUACUGCCAGAUGUGGUACUAUCUUAGAUUGUGGACAUCCUUGCCCUGGCUCCUGCCAUAGCUGCUUUGAAGGGCGCUUCCAUGUGCGCUGUCAGCAGCCCUGCAAGCACCUGCUCAUCUGCUCACACAAGUGCCAGGAGCCAUGCAUUGGCGAAUGCCCACCCUGCCAGCGGACGUGUCAGAACCGCUGUGUUCACAGCCAGUGCAAGAAGAAGUGUGGGGAACUGUGCAGCCCCUGCGUGGAGCCCUGUGUCUGGCGCUGCCAGCACUACCAGUGCACUAAACUUUGCUCUGAGCCCUGCGACCGACCCCCAUGCUAUGUGCCUUGUACUAAGUUGCUGGUUUGUGGCCACCCCUGUAUUGGUUUGUGUGGGGAGCCAUGCCCCAAAAAGUGCCAUGUUUGCCACCAAGAAGAAGUCACCCAGAUCUUCUUUGGCUUUGAGGAUGAGCAUGAUGCCCGCUUUGUGCAGCUAGAAGACUGUAGCCAUUUCUUUGAGGUACAAGCACUAGACCGCUACAUGAAUGAGCAGAAAAAUGAUGAAAUUGCCAUCAGGUUGAAAGUGUGCCCUAUCUGUCAGGUACCCAUCCGCAAAAACCUGAGAUAUGGAACCAGCAUCAAACAGCGGCUAGAAGAGAUUGAAAUUGUCAAGGAAAAGAUACAAGGCUCAGCAGGGGAAAUUGCAGUCAGCCAGGAACGACUUAAGGUCCUUCUGGAGAGUAAGAGCCUCCUCCACCAGCUGCUUCCUGAAGACUUUAUAAUGCUAAAGGAAAAACUGGCCCAGGAAAAUCUGUCAGUGAAGGAGCUAGGCCUUGUUGAAAAUUACAUAAGCUUUUACGACCACUUGGCCAACCUGCAAAAUUCCCUGAAAAAGGUCCAUGUCUUAGAACAGAGAAGAGUGAGGACUCGACUAGACCAGGUCCAUGACUGGCUGGCCAAGAAACGCUUGAGCUUUACCAGCCAGGAACUAAGUGACCUCCAAAGUGAAAUCCAGAGGCUUAUGUACCUGGUAAACCUCCUGACCCGCUGCAGGAUGGCAGAGGGGAAGGUGAAAGGUAGCAUAGCAGAAGAAGUCUCCAGUAUUCGGAACAUCCUCGAGAGAACAUCUAAGUUCACACAGGAGGAUGAACAGCUUGUGCAGAAAAAGAUGGAUGCUCUUAAAGCCACCCUUCCCUGCUCUGGCCUGGGCAUCUCAGAAGAAGAGCGAGUACAGAUUGUCAAGGCCAUGGGUUUUCCUCGUGGCCACUGGUUCAAGUGCCCCAAUGGUCACAUCUAUGUGAUUAGCGAAUGUGGGGGAGCCAUGCAGAGGGGCACCUGUCCUGAGUGUCAGGAGGUGAUUGGCGGCGAGCAUCAUACUCUAGAAGGGAGCAACCAGCUGGCUUCUGAGAUGGACGGAGCCCAACAUCCUGCCUGGUCUGACACAGCCAACAACAUGAUGAACUUUGAGGAGAUCCGGAGGAUGAUGUAGAUGGCACACUGCUGCCUUUUGCCCUGGCCUCCUGCUGGGGUCAGCUUUUUUUUUUUUUUUUUUUUUUUUUUUUAUUUUUUUUUAUUACUACCCUAAAAGACAGUCUUACCAUCUAAGAAUCCCCUUUUAGGGCUUGCCCACAUUUAAUUUUAGAUUUAUCCCUGCGCUAGAGUAAGCACUUUACCUCCAGAAAUGAAAGCAGAAUUAACAUCUCACUUCUCCUUUUCUGCAAAUUAGGGACAGACUCCCUGGGACAUAAUCUGGGGCUCCCACCUAGGGCUACAUAAUGGUAAUUCCAGGUCCUGACACAGUCAUUUGUUUCUUCAGCAGUGUUUCCAA